AGCGCUUCCCCGUCGCCGACAACACUGACGACACCCGCGACAUCCAAGGAAGACAUCCGCGGCGUCGGCGCAGACAACACCAUCGACUACAUCGGCCCCAUCGGCGACACCCAGCACACCCAGCAUCGUCCCGAGCCAUCGUCUGUCCACUCACCGUCCAUAUAUUCCUCGCCGGCUCCCCUUCUCCCGCUCCACCGCCAUGGAUGACGGCCCCGCCCCAACAACCUCCAUCGAAAUCGACGAUGCCACCUCCAGCUCGCCGGCAAAGUCCCUGAAGCGUGUGACCUCCGUUCAUCGACCAAAGUCACGGUCACACUACUCCUCGCUCUCCAUAACAGAGAACGUGCUGCCCGCUGAGUUCCAGCACACCGAGUCGUUUGUUACGGCCUCGGCCAAGGAAGUGCGAGAGCAAACCGUCGGAUGGACCCUGAGGGAGUUGAGCAUGGUGCUCCCCGAAGACAACGAGCCCAGCGAGCCCGCUGUCGCCACGACUUCCGACCGUCCCUCGUCGGCAAUAUACAGCCCCCUCCGUCUCAGCAAGCAGUCGUUUGAGGGCGAGAGCCAGCGUCCCUCGCAGCUCUCGGCCAUGGCAAGGACGGUGCUGUUCAAGGACGAGAUCGAUGAAAGCGUCCGCCAUCGGCCGGACUUGACCAUCGAGACCUCGAGCUCGUCGCUUGGCGUCAAAUCCAGAAGCAGCCCGUGCCAGGAGCUGGAAGACGACGACGACUCCAUCAUCCAGAGCGAGGACCACUCGUUCGAGUUUGAGCGCCGCCCGCUGCUGACCCCAAGCCACCAGAGCGGCGACUUUAGACGACGACGAUCCUUUGACGAGGACUACGGCGAGCCCUCGCGCUGGCCCCUCGUCGAGUAUUGGAAACACCUGAAACGAAACCCACCGCGUCGUGAGGACUUUUGGAUGCUGGUCUCCAGCAUUGGCCAGGCCCUCCCUGCUGUUGUCCUUGGUGUCAUUCUCAACCUUCUGGAUGCAAUGUCCUACGGCAUUAUCAUCUUCCCAUCAGGCGAUAAGCACAUCCCCGAGUCGGCCCCUCAAAGCGGUAUAUCCAUGUAUUUCGCCAGCACUGUGAUUGCCCAGCUGGUCUACACCUUUGGUGGCUCGGCAUUCAAGGGCGUCAACGGCAGCAUGAUGAUCGAAGUCAUGCCCUUCCUCCACAUCAUAUGCAAGAUCAUCGAAGGAGAGAUGAGGGGCAUGGAUGACCACUCGAUCCUGGCAACCAUCAUGAUCACCUACUCGAUCAGCACGCUGCUGACCGGGCUGAUCUUCUUGUUGAUCGGUGUCCUCAAGCUGGGAAACAUCAUCCAGUUCUUCCCGCGACACAUUCUGGUCGGAUGCAUUGGCGGAAUCGGCUUUUUCUUGAUCAAGACCGGAAUUGAAGUCACCACUGGCGUGACAUCGGAGCACGUCUUGGAGUACCUCCAUGCGAUCUUUCAGCCCCACCUCCUGGUGCUGUGGGCCUCGAGCUUGGGCCUGGCGCUCUUCCUCAAGUUCCUGCAGCGCUUCAUCCACCACCCGCUCUUUGUCCCUACGUUCUAUGUGGUCGUUCCGAUUGUGUUUUACAUCUUUGUGUGGAUUUUUGGCCUCAAGCUCGACGAUCUGCGCAAGGCGCGAUGGCUCUUUGAUCUACCAGAGGGCAAGCAGGUUCCUUUCUACACCUUUUGGACCUACUUUGACCUGGGUGCUGUGCAUUGGAGUGCCAUUCCAGGAACCUUCCCGACCAUGCUCGCGCUCACGUUCUUUGGCAUCCUCCACGUGCCGAUCAAUGUUCCGGCCCUGGCCGUCUCGACUCACCAAGAAUUCGAUAUCAAUCAUGAGAUUGUCGGGCAUGGUAUCAGCAACAUUGUGUCGAGUUUCUUUGGAACCAUUCAAAACUAUCUCGUCUACUCCAACUCGGUCCUCUAUAUCCGCUCCGGUGGCGGUUCCGUCAUUGGCGGAUUCUUGCUCGCAGUUGGCACGUCCAUUGUGUGGUUUGCAGGCAGUGCCGUCAUCAGCAUAGUCCCCACCUUGGUCGUUGGAGCUCUCAUCUUCCAUCUGGGAAUCGAUCUGAUGAAAGAGAGCAUCAUCGACACCUGGAACGUCGGUAUCCAUCCGCUCGAAUACUUCACAAUUAUCACCAUCGUCGUGACCAUGGGUGUCUUUGGCUUCACCGAGGGUAUCAUUGUCGGCAUCAUUCUUGCCUGUGUCUUCUUUGUGGUCAUGUACAGCAGAAAGUCGGUCAUCCGAGCAAACUACACCGGCAUGGAACUACGUUCGACCGUUCACAGACUCUAUCGGCAGCGCCAGUUCCUGGACAAUGUUGGCGAUCAGAUCCACAUCAUCAAGCUGCAAGGAUUCAUGUUUUUCGGCACGGUCAACCAGCUGGAUGCCUACAUCUGCGAGCUGAUCCACGAGAUCACGCGCAUCCGCUUUGUCAUCUUGGACUUUUCCCUGAUCAACGGCAUGGACUACAGCGCCAUGGAGUCGUUCCUGCGGAUCCGCAGGAUCUUCCGCGAGUACCACACGCAUCUGGUCUUUGCCAGCCUCGGCGCCGAAAGUACGCGCGAGGUCUCCAAGAGCGGGCUGUUCGACACGGACGAGAACGGCGAGUCGUUUGUGCAUAACUUUGAGACCCUCAACGAGUCGCUCGAGUGGUGCGAAAACCAGCUUCUGCAAACCUUUUACCGCAAGAGCCACGCGCGCACCUCCUCCAAGGUGGACAUUCCCGAGAAGAAGAAGGAGCGCGACCAGACGCUGUCGCCUGUGCUUUCAGUGCGCGGACGACAGGCCCAGCUGGCCGCCUCUCUCGCCCUUGAGAACCAGGUGCAGCAGCACCGGUACGCUGGCGGCAAGACCUCGCCCAUCUCGAUCCUGAUGCAAGCGUUCUCGGAAGUUUUUGAGGAAGCCGAUGUGGACGAGCUGAUCUCGCUCACCGAGUAUUUCGAGCAGAUCCAGAUUCCCAAGGGCCACGUCCUCUGGCAUCCAAACCAAGAUGCGCGCGAGCUGUAUGUCAUCGAGUCUGGUACGCUCCUGAUGGUCAUUGGCUCGGAGGAAGCUGAGCACUCCAAGGUUGUCGAGACGCUCCUGGCCGGCUCGAUGGUUGGCGAGCUCGAGAUGUUCUCGGGCCAGCGCCGUAUGUACAGACUGGUUGCCGACGAUGACUCGGUCAUUUGGAAGCUCGACAAGGACACCUUCGACAAGCUCUGUGACCAGCACCCCCGCAAGAUGCUGAUCUUCAUCACUCGUAUUGCCCUGGCCUUUGACUCGGUCCGUCUGCACAACACCCUGGCCCACUUUGCACGGGACUAGAGCUGGAGAGACAGAGGAGAGAGGGAAGGCUGGACAUUUGCUUGGCCAUCUAGAGUUGCUGAGGAAGAAACGUGACGUUGCGGUUCCCCGCUCCUCCUUCAGAGCCCAGCAUGCUCAAGAAAUAAAAUCGAUCGGAUCCAUUGGCUUUUUGCAA